AUGUUUCUCAAACAAUACAACUACAAGCCCCGCAGCAACAGCCAGUCGUCCCAAGGGUCGGGCGGCUCAUCCGGUAGCCCACCAAAGGAAGAGCCCAAGACGACAGAAUCCAACAAUGCUGCAGGCAAGGCUGCCGCUGCCGCUGCCGGACGAAGACGGUCCUCCGCCUCGGACAAAUUUGCGGGCUUGACGGCCAUGAAGCGAGGGAGUCAGGAUGAGCGCAAGGCCAGCUGGACAGAGCAGAAGGCUGGGACGGGCAUCUUGGGCGGCAUGUGGCAGAAUUUCACCAAGGGGCCGAACUGA